AUGGAUAGCGACCUAUCAUCAGUCGGGUCAGAGGACGAAAUCUAUGAAGAGACACCCGAGGUUGCGGAAGAAGAGCUGAUAGGCUCCGAGCCAGAAGAUGACGAAUAUCAGUACACACCCGACGACUACGAAGAAGACGAGGAGACGGGCCAACGAUCCAAAAGCGGCAGCAGGUCCUCGCGUCGAGCGGCUACGAAUGAGCCGCGUGCUUCUAAUAGAAAGCGGGCGCCCACGGACGAAUUUGAGGAGCCAGGAUCGAGCCCCGCUAAGCGGGCCCGUCGCAACGGUGCUAUUGAUUUACAGAACCUGGACGACGAUGACGACGAUGAUGAUGACACAAGCAGCGCUUCCCAACAAAAGCUUAAUAGCCGCAAUAAGAUGAUCUCGGAGCUUAUGGACAAUACCUCCCGGCGGAGCUCUAAACUCACCGACCAGGAGCUGCAGCUGCGCAGAGCAGAAAAUGCUCGCAAGCGCAAGAACCUCAGCGAAAAAAAGCUUGAGGAAGAGAAGCAAGACACAAUCAACAAGCUGCUUCGCAGGCGUGCCGGCAAAUCCAGAGCUGCGAUGCCAGCAGCCCAGGAGCAAGAAAACGACGCCGCCAACUACGUCAAGCCCAGGAGGGCCUAUAAUGCUCAAGGGUUGGUUAGAACGCUGCGGAAAAAAGAUGUAGACAUUUACGCUACGUACUGA